AUGCCUUCAGAAAACUUUUGGUUAAAGUCGCGGCUACAAGCUCUUAAACGGUCUGGUCUGUCAGAAGAUGUCUUUAUAGCAAUAUUGCUAUGUCUUAUAUCAACAAACAAACAUCUUAUUCUUACUGCACGAUCUGAGGAUUUGGACGAUCUACGAAGUAUGACCGAGCAGAUCCUCCUGGUCGUGUUUGGUCUAACGUGUUCUACCAUAACCUGUGAACCGUCCCAAACGCUAGCAGAUUUCACUUCUUCCCUGUUUGCCCGCUCUCGUGAUGAUGCUUCAAUCGCUACACAUUCAGUAGAAGACAACGGUGGUCUGCAUAGAAUGGGCACGCAGAAAUCUUACCGGUCUAUCCGAACUGCGAGUUCAACGAGUCUGAAUACAGAAAGUAGAGGAUACGAGGGAAAGAACGAAGGCCGAUCACGCAAGCGAAAAUCAAAUUAUUCUCAUGUAUCUAGUGCAUCUAAUCAACCAUCCAGAGAUAGUAAGGAGUUGGAGAACAUGGAAAUUCUGGGAAUAGCAAACGAGAGGCAGCUGGAGAUUGAGAAUCGGUUCUAUAAUUCGCCGGAAAUGGAAAUUGAGGAAAUUACCGAGUCAAGAGAUAGAAUAAAAUCUGUAGAUCAAACGAAUCCAUUAAGAAAUCCAAUCUUGACAAAUGCACGCCGACGUGACAAUUACUUUCCACCAUCCUCGUCCACGUCCUCAAUGUCAUCCUUUACCAAUUCGGAAACUCCCUACAUACCUUCCUUAACUCCUUCGCCUUUUGCGUCUCACUCGUACAGUCUUCGACCAGAUUUUUCUCCACGCAAUUAUACAACACAUCAUCUUUCCUAUACCGGUCAACCGCACCAGCCGCCACCAUUAUCACCGAUGGAUUUUACAAUACCAAGGAGGAGACAUGACAGCAUUGUAACCACCGGGGGGAGUAAUCCGCCAUCCCCAUUCUUGUUUGCAAAGCAUAUAGCACAGGCAGUCAUAAUAGAGCGACUAGACGAGGGAGAUGAAGAGGUUCAAUUUUUCCUGUUGGAGGAGUCGCAUAGUCUCCCCAAGCCUUUCAUUGUAAUCGCAUUAUUACCAACUAUGGAGGAACGCCUCAAUUUACCUAGUCAGUUGCUUGACAGGUUUUUCAUAAGUUACGAAUACGAGAACGAUACAUCGAGAGUACCUGCGAAUGGAAUGUAUAAAGGAGAACCUAUCAAACCGACGGAAAUCAAAGAACUAGAGAGAAAAAUAGAUAAAGUAUCUGUCCAUAAUGACAUACAACGAUACAUGAGAGAUAUAGUGGUCGGUUUGCGUACGCACAGACUGAUCAAGGGAGGAAUAACAGCUAGAACUUCGCGUGAUUUUGAAAAGCUUGCUAAAGCUGUGGCAGUAAUAUUCGAUCGCACAUUUAUAACUCCGGAUUUAAUUCUUAUAACAGCCGAAAAAGUCUUUGCUCACAGACUGAUUCCUCGUGAAUCCGUGGAUGAUAGAAGUGUCAUGUAUGGAACAAAACGAUUGCCGCUGCUUAGAGUUAAAAUGGAAGACGGCUGGGAAUGUAAUGUGAGAGAUAUAGUGGCAGAUGUGUUGCAGAUUGUUAGGCCUCCAGUGUGA